CGUUUGUUAUCAAAUCGUACUACAUCUUAACCGCACACACAAUGUCCCGCAUUUCCAUACGUUUCCUAAUCUUGCCGUAUCGAUCGCUGAACACUUCUGUUUUGUCACGUAAAAACAGACACACAAUGGCUGAGAAUAUGUUUCUGUACUGGGGUUCUGGUAGUGUACCGUGUUGGAAAGCAAUGAUUGCUUUGGAGGAGAAAGGAUUCAGUGGAUAUAAAAAUAAAUUAAUUUCAUUUGACAACAAUGAAAUGAAAGGAGGAGACGUCCUAAAACUUAACCCCAGAGGAGAGGUACCGACGUUUACAGACGGAGAGGUGGUCGUUAAUGAGUCUGGUGCAAUAUGUGAAUAUCUUGAGAGUACUUAUAAAGAUAAAGGGACACAACUCAUACCAUCUGGUACAAAACAGAGGGCGCUUGUUCUACAAAGGAUGAAUGAGGCUGUGGCUAACUUAAUGCAUAAAAUGUUGUUGGAUUAUCUCUAUGAAUUUAUGGAGACGAAAGAAGAAGAUAUGAAUCCGGAUACUCUUGCAAGAAAGACACAGACACUGAAAGACGAACUCAAUCGCUGGAAUGAUUACUUGGGACAGACUGGCGCUUAUCUCACAGGUCCUGACUUCACGAUGGCUGAUGUAUAUUUUUUUCCUUUUAUUGGAUUUGGUGUUCGCCUGGGACUGAAUCUCAACAGUUUUCCCAAAAUUAAGUCGUAUUAUGAGAGACUCAGCUCUCGUCCUAGUAUUAAAGCUACAUGGCCGCCCCACUGGAAGGAAUCUCCAGGGUCGUUCAAACCACUUACUGGGAAGAUGUGAACUAGGUGGAUCAUUUUGAGGUGUCUGACACCAUUUAGAAUAAAUCGUUGUUACAGACAAAAAUGAAAAACAAUAGGUAUUUUUGGACACAUGUUCAUUUGUAGUCCAUAACCAUACGCCUAUGUUCGAUUAAAGCAGCUCUUUUUUUCAACAUUAACUGUAAAAGGACAUAACUAGUUAAUGUAAUCUUGGAAUCAGUAAAAUAACAUAUAAACCUGUUUGUGUAUCAAUAUAUUACUAUGAUAAGUUGCAACUCUUCUAGUUUGUAAUUUUAUUAACAUAGAUAAAUGCAAUAAAACAUUUAUUCAUGA